AUGUCUCUCUUCCCAAGAAUCGCAUUUGGCCCAGUCCGCGUCGGUCCCAACCGCCGUGGCGCGGAACUCGCCCCCAUCCUCAACCUGCUGGACGACUCGCUGGGUGAAGUCGAGAAGGCCACCCGCCAGACGUUGAACCACUUCAAGCCUGCCUUCGACGUCAAAGAGACCCAAGAGGGCUACACGCUGGAAGGCGAGCUGCCUGGCGUCGAUCAAAAGGACAUCAACAUCGAAUUCACCGACGAGUAUACCUUGACCGUCCGGGGUCGGGUGGAACGCCACUCCGAAUCCGGCCGUCCCAGUCAAGCCGCCAUCGAGGGCGAGAAGAAGGGAAAGAAGCCUCUCAAGCCAACUGUUGAAGACGAGGAAUCUGCCAACGCCAGCGAGAGCAAGGAGGUCUCACAAUCACAACCCACGCAAGCGUCGGAGCCCGCCCAACCACAAGAUCACUACUGGAUCUCGGAGCGGUCGGUUGGAGAGUUCUCUCGCACCUUCACCUUCCCAGCCCGCGUGAACCAAGAUGCGGUCAAGGCGUCGUUGAAGAACGGCGUCCUCACCAUCUACGUGCCGAAAGCCCCAGCCCCUCAAACUCGACGCAUCGCCGUUGAGUAA